UACUCUCAAUUCUCUCUCAACUCAACUUUCUUCAGCUCCUUCUUCGUCAAAUUUCAAUCCCGCAAUGUUGCAGACGCAGAACCAAUUAAUCCCGGACGAAAGUGUGGUUGCUCUGGGCGUUGAAACUAGCGGUGGUGAAACUGCUGCUGUUGUUGUCUUAUUUAAUCAAGUAACCACCAAAUAUUCUGAAGGUUCAUAUCAAUUGACUCUCGCCCUUGUGGGAAUGAAAGAAAUGCGGGCACACAUUGAUAAGUCGCCCUCUGUUCGAUCAGCAGUGACGAGAAGAGGCAUCCGGAACUCAACUUCAAGCUGCAAACGAGUCAAGAUGAUUCUACAGCACCUCGUGAUUGUUCUUGCACUUGCUCAGAUUGGUCAUUUUUGUUAUAGCCUCAAAGGUAACCAAGCAUAUCAUUGAAUGUCAUAGUAAACAUAUGCCAACUUCAGUAUAUUUCACCUAAAAAAAGAGUAUCACACUAUGCAUGACAUCUUGUAAUUAUUGUCAAAUGUCAAUAAUAUUUAUUUUCUCAGCUGCAUAUGACAUCUUCUUUGACCAUAAAUCUCGGAGUUCCUAAGAUAGUGUUGAAAUAAUGACCAAAAUGGGUUUUAUAGUGUUGAAAUAUUGACCAAAAUGGUUUUUAUGGAGUAAUGCUAUUAUCCACCAAUGAAUAUGAUGCAACCUUUUGCCAUUAUAUUU